AUGCGCUCAAAGACGGCGAUUCUUUUCAACAUUCUCUUCUUUUAUGGAUCAACCUUUGCGCAAAUUGAAGAUGAAGUGAAAAUAAACCCGGAGAAGGCUCCUCCGGUGGUUAAAUCUCAUGAACAACUGUCAUUACCACGUGGAAUCACAACGGUUGGAGCGGCUGACAGUGAGACGAGUUUUGUUGAUGCAGAUGAAAAAGCGCAGAUGAAGAUGAAUAAAACAAAAACGCAAACAGCUCUACUAACAAAUACUACGGAGAAGCCUGAGCCUGAGCCUGAGCUUUACAAAGAAGGAAUUUCACUGGUGCCGCGUAAUGUCUGCAAUAUGAAGAGCAAAUCGAAGCUACGAAAUGCGAAAUUUAUCGAAAACAUCACGGUCACAUUUCAUUUUGCUGAUUGUGGAGAUCCCAAUGCACAUUUCACGUGGGCGUUAGCAUUGAUGGCGGUGAAUGAAAAUCUCCGCGCGCAAAGGAUCGAUCUCAUCUGGACAAAACGCAAACAUCUUCAUGUGACGGACCAUAAAGCCGUAUAUACAACAACUCUUGCUAUGAUGCCGAUGCGAUACGGACAAUCGAUCUCCGAUUGUCAACGCCUUCACUACUUUGAUCGUUGCUUCCAAGCGAAUGACGGAUACGAUGAGUACGGGGAUGACGAGUUGGUGUGUUUCCGUCGAGCUGAUGCUUUGCUUUUUAAUUACGUCUAUGAUGGAACGCACCUCGUUGGAUUAAAUAAAGUCGAUGUGAAGAUUGUUUCACUCGCUGUCAACACGGAAACUAAUACGGAGAUUGUGAAAGUCACCCAUGAUUAUAAACAUUCAAUCCUUCUCCCAUGCAAGAUGGUUUUCGAUCAACGCGCAAUAUUUCAAAUUGGACCUGGCAAUGGAAAGUUCAAGCCGCGCAUGGAGUAUCCCGAAUUUGGAGAUCUUGUCGAUUUCAACGAUUUGGAA